GCUCGGGUGCAAAGUUUCAACCGUCUGCAAAGCGGAGCUCGUCGGCAGAGGAGUCAGGGAUAUGCUGGUGACGUCCGCCGGGUUUUCACACGGUUCCUAGAAGCCAGUAAUUCCCAUGAUUUCCGCUCUUUGGAUGUAGCUUCACCCGGAGGACACCGUGAAGUCUUAUCUCUCUGUGAACUUGAAUCGACGAGGAUCACUAGGUAGCGAAAAUGGCCUGCGGACCCAACCGUGUCCGGUUGCUAUGUAUGCUCGCACUGACUUUCGGCUUCUUCGUCGUCGAGGUGGUGGUCAGCCGCAUUACCUCUUCUCUCUCGAUGCUCUCGGACUCCUUCCACAUGCUGUCGGACGUUUUGGCGCUGGUUGUGGCUCUGGUCGCGGUGCGGUUUGCCGAAAGAACCCACUCGACCAAGAAAAACACAUUCGGAUGGAUCCGAGCGGAGGUGAUGGGGGCUCUGGUCAACGCUAUCUUUCUCACGGCGCUGUGCUUCACCAUCGUCCUGGAAGCCAUCGAGCGCUUCACCGAACCCCAAGAGAUCGAUACCCCAAUGGUGGUGGUCUGGGUCGGCGCCGCGGGGCUCCUUGUCAACCUGCUGGGGCUCUUACUGUUCCACGGGCACGCCGGGGGAGGACACUCCCACGGGGGCAACUCUCAUGGGGACAAGGGAAAAAAGGGGAAAACCAAAAAGCUCCAGAACACUGGAGAUGGGUCAGCGGCGGAGGAGACCAACAAUCUGGUGGCGAGUCACAGCAGUCCGGGUGAUGGCAGGUCAAAAACCGAUGUCAGCAGUAAAGACAACCCGGAGGUGCAGAUGAACGGCAACACCCAGUUCGACGACGACCAAGACUCGUCGGCGCAGCUCAACAUGCGCGGCGUCUUCCUGCACGUCCUGGGCGACGCGUUGGGUUCCGUCAUCGUGGUGGUCAACUCCCUCAUUUUCACGUUCGUGUGGAAGCCGUGCACCGACAAGAACUGCGUGAACCCCUGCGUCAAAAACCGCGACACAGACCUCCAGGCCAUCAAUCAGACGGGUAAAGAGGGGGAGGCGGGUCCCUGCUGGGUGCUGUACCUGGACCCCACGCUGUGUAUCAUCAUGGUGGGCAUCCUGCUCUACACCACCUACCCGCUGCUCAAAGAGUCGGCUCUCAUCCUGCUCCAAACCGUGCCCAAGCAAGUCAACAUCAGACGGCUCAACGAGCGGCUGCUGAGCCUGGACGGCGUGCUGGCUAUCCACGACCUGCACAUCUGGCAGCUGGCCGGCAGCCGGAUCAUCGCCACGGCGCACAUCAAGUGCCGCGACCCCACGUCCUACAUGGAGGUGGCCAAACGCAUCAAGGACUUCUUUCACGACGAGGGCAUCCACGCCACCACCAUCCAGCCGGAGUUCGUCACCUUCAGCUCCCAGUCACGGGACUCUCUGUGCGAGCUGUCCUGUCGGACUCAGUGCGCCCCCAAGCUGUGCUGCGAGACUGCAGACAAACAGAAGGGUGGCGUUGAUCCCAAAGCAGCAGCAGCGUCCCCAGCUGUGGAUGUCGUCAUUGAGACCCCGGAGCAGGCCACUGUCAUCCAGGUGUCUCAGACUGAUGCGAAGGCAGCCGUCCGCAAGGAGGUGGAGUCGUCACUGUGAAACGAAAUGCACAGGCGAAGCAGGUGAACCACCGUCACUUCCUGGAAGCUGUAACCUCGUGGACCAGUUCUGGACCCGAUUAAAAAGUAAUUCUUUUUUUCCGAUCACUUCUCCAACAUUUUGGUGAAGUUGAUCCCUCUCGUUUUAUCAUCUCUUGCUCUGGCAGCACGGUUCUGACGCUCGUCGUCUUUUUCACGGACCUCAUCUCCCCCAGGACUGGAGCGACGCCUGCAUGACUGUCCGUCGUUUUUAGCACCUCGUCGUGAUGUGUCACCUCAUCCUAACGGCGUCGGGUUUUUUUCUGUGCCAAAGCUUCUCGCUGCAGAACCGAGGGGACAAAUGGAUGAGUUGUGCAGAUGAGCCUACGGACCUUCUGGUAAAAUUAGUCCUCGUUGUUUUGCGUGGGCUUUGAGCAAAUCUAUUUUCUUAUCCUUUUGGCUGCAAGUGGAAUAGUAUUGUAUUUCAUAAUAAUUUAAGUAUUUAAGUUAUUAGAAAUGAUUUAUCUUUCUGUACAUGCUGUUUUAUGAGAUUUAGUUUUAAUGAUACAGAAGGAUUUUUUUUCGUCCUGGAGUUUAUUUGAAUGGAAAAAAAAAGAAGAAAUGUUUUAGUGAUAUAUUUUCAGAUUUGAUGUUUUUAUAAAAUCUUGUCGUUGGACUUUCCUCUGGCCUUGACGCAGACACCUCUCACCUCGCCUUUUAAAGAAUCUGCUGUGGUUUAUGACAAUGUUUUGUAGUCGGUGUGAGGAUUUCUUGCAGUGGUAGGUUUGGAAAUUUUUAAGCCACACUAGCUUGAAGUUUGAGUCUGUUGUGAAGAGGCAUGCGCCGGUAAGAUAGCAAAAAUAUUGCAGUUUCACGGUAUUACAAUAAAACAGCAGAGCUCGAUCUAUUUAAUUUUAUUUAAAACAAAAACAAA